AUGCCAGCCGCUCCUAUCGUGCUACCUCGUCCUGGAACGGCCAAGGUCCACGACCUACCGCGGCCCAUCCAGGCACCAUCUGAAGCAGAUUUUGUCGCAACCUUCGGCCAACUGCUGCCACCAGCAUCUUUUCUGCAGACAUCAUAUGGCAGAGCCGCCUAUUACGAGCUGCCAGUCUCGUCUCUAGCACCCACGGAUACCCCAAGUCCGAUCUCUCGUGUGGUUUUCGUGCACGGCGUCCAGACGUCCGCGAUCGGCAUACAGCCAUUGGCAAGCGCGCUAUCUUCGCGUUUUCCACAUGCCCAAUGUGUCCUUGUUGACCUGUGGGGCCAUGGACUGACAGACACUCCGACUGUGCCUUACGAGCCGGCGCUCUUUCAUUCGUUAUUAGAGGCAUUACUGGUACAGCUUGAGUGGAAAGACGCCCACUUUAUUGGCUAUUCCUUUGGCGGGUCGACGACAGCCACGUUCGCAGCUGCACACCCUGAACGGGUUGCAUCUAUGGUUCUGGUGGCACCCGCUGGUCUGGUUCGUUCGAGUCAAUUUGACGACUUGCAAAAUGAAUACUUGCGUGGUGGCGAGGGGUUGGAGGAGCAGGCGCGAGCCUGGAUCUUGGAGUACCUGGAAGGAGGUCAGUUGAUUGUCCCUUCAGAUUGGAAAGAAAGGGUUGGGCAAGGCAAAGUUGUUGCAGAAGCGGUUCGUGACUGGCAGAUGAGGGAGCAUGAAGGACACGCAGCGAGCGUCGUGGCUAUCUUCAGGGAUGGUGGAGUCCUAGAUAAACAUGGUGAGUUUGCCGAAGCAGCCAAAACGGGAAUAAAAAAUCUCAGUAUCCUUGGAGAGCUCGACGGAGUAUGCAGCGUCGAAGAUCUGCACGGGGUUGGAAUGCACAACGUUGUUGUCAUUCCGCAGGUUGGACAUGCAGUUGUGAGAGAAAGGGUGCCAGAGGUCGCUAGUCUGAUCGGGGAUUUCUGGGACAAGCUCGAUUCUUAG